GUUGUCAUUUCUUCAAUUUAUUAUUACAAAAAAAAAAUGUUUAUUUUAUUAUUAUAAUUAAUAUAAGAAUAAAUACUAUUCAAAUGAUUACUACCAUAUAUUUCUAUAAUUUAAAAUACAAAAAUAAAGAUGUUAUGGUCAGCUUUAAUGACAACCGAAAAAUUGCACUAGCAAUUAAAAUUUAAUUUAUGUGGUGUACCUACCUAAAAAAAAAAAUAAUAUAUACAUAAAUGAUUACUUGCUAAUUAGUGAAUUUUUUGUUGAUGAGAAAUCCAUUUACAUAUUACAUAUAUCUUCCUUAUUUUAAUAAUAAAAAAAAAUAAAACCUAUUCUAAUGUUGUGAAUCGUAGUGAAAAUCUAAAGAAAAAGUCUCCAAACGAUACGAACACAAAGUUUCUCUACUUUCACCACUUUCUAAAUUGAAUCUCGCCUCUUGUGCCGCACCGCACCGCCUCACGCCCCAAACCCCAAUCAAAAACGCACUUAUUAUUCGUUUUUCAUCUACAACAAACCACGAUCCACGAACACGAGAAGACCAACAACCAACAAACCAGAGCCAAAGCCAGCGACUUGUUGGAUACUCACGUACAAAAAUGAGUUUUUCUUCUUUUCCCACUCAUUAUGCUACAAACAUAACAACGAAUCCAGUUGGCCAAUUCACAGCUUCUAAGUUCACACCUAACAUACCUCAGUUCAUUUCAGCACCCGAUGGAAGUUUACAUUAUGUUCGCAAUGAAGGUAACACCUUCGUUGCCCCAAAUGUUCCUCAACAAGGAACAACAAAUGAACAAAUACAACCAUUGCUUACAAUUCCUAUAACAGUACCUGGAGCCAAACCUGGUGAUCCCCAACAAAUCGUACAUAUUCAAGUUCUCAAUCCGAACAUCAAUAUUACUCCUGUUCACCAGGUGCCAUCAAAAUAUCAAAUGGGACCUAUGCAAUUACCAGUACAAAAUCAACAGCCUGCAGGUACUACGGUACUCACUGUAGCAUACAGUCCACAAGACAAUAAGUUUUUAACAAAUCAUGCGUUCCCGGAAAAUAUGACAGUGGUGGCAGCUGUACAACCGCAAGAUUUGCACCUUUUGGCUCAAGCUCAAAUAGCACAAACACCUAACAAUAAACCAAUGCCUUUGGAACAACCUGCCCUACAAUCGAAUGAGCAAUACAGCGAAACUGUGACUAUUAAACAAGAACCAUCAAAUGAUUGGGAAAAUGUAACAGUAGCACCAACAAAUCAAAAUAACAAUGUAAACUUUCAACAACAACAACAACCACAACAAAAUUGUGCUACAACACAGUCAUCUGUGCCUUUGAAUUUGCAGCCGUAUUUAAAAUUCAACUCUACUCCAAUCAAAUUUGAAACACCUGAAACAUUACCAGAGGGACCAGUGAAACCUAAAAGAAAAAGAAAAACUAAAAAGAAGCCACCAAAAGAAAAAACACCAAAACCAGGACAGGUUUUAAUUGCAAGAGCAUCAGAUGGAACUACGUUAUUUUGCUGCCCUGAAUGUCAAAUGGCAUAUCCAGAAAAGGAAAAUCUCGAACAACAUUUAACUGAACACAAAAUUGAAAGAAGAUACAUUUGCGACAUCUGUGGAGCCGGUUUGAAACGUAAGGAACACUUGGAAAGGCAUAAAUCUGGCCAUAAUCCCGACCGGCCAUACAUUUGCAGUAUUUGUUUAAAAGGCUUUAAGAGAAAGGAGCACUUGAAUUUACAUUUUGUUAUACAUAGUGGAGAAAAGAAUGAGAUUUGUGGCGAAUGCGGGAAAGGCUUCUAUAGAAAAGAUCAUCUGAGGAAACACGCCAACUCGCAUGCAGCAAAACGAAUAAAAGAAGAACUUAGUGCAAAAUCAAUUAGUUCACUAAGUGAUAUUGAAUUGACAAACCAAAUUAAUUCAGCGCCGGAAAUUGUCAGUGACAAUAAUAAUUGUUCAAUCUCGAUAUCGUUAGAUGUCAAUAUGUUAGACAAACAAACAGAGACACAAACAAUGUCCCUGUCGCAUUAGUUUUACUGAAUCGAAAAUGAUUAUCUUCUUGUUUUAUACCUAUGUAAUAAAAUACGGUUUGGGAUCAUUGUAAUUAUAAUUUAAAGAUUAUAUUUAUUUUUAUUAGGAACAAUUUAUACAAUAAAAAAAAAAACAAACAACAAAAAAAAAAUAAAACGUUAAUAAUUACGCUUGAUGUUAUAAUUUUAAGCAAUGCAAACAAAAUUAUUGUUAUUUUUUCGGGCCAAGCAAUCAAGCAGCUGGUCUGAGCAAAAAGACUACUCCCAACGGAUUAAGUAUUCGCGUAACUGUAGUGCUUCCGUUUUUUCAACAUUUUAAUAUAGUUUAUACUAAAUUCUCAAUGAUUGUUUAUUUUUACUGAAAAAUUACAUUCCAAAAAGAAAACAAUCUAAAAUUUUUAUAAAGUGUCCUAUGUAUGCGCAGCUUAGUUUACAGAAAGGAAAAA